GCCAGAGACAGGACCAUGCGGCUGUCUCCAGUUCUGCUCCUUCUCUGCCUCUCAGGCUCUUUGUCCCUGACAGGCCCCAGCUCUGUGACGGGCACCUUGGGUGGCUCUCUGAGUGUGCAGUGUCAGUACGAGGAGGUAUACCAGAGGUAUAGCAAAUACUGGUGCCGAGGACAGUAUGACGCAACAUGUGAGAAGAUCGUGGAGACCAAGGGAGAAGAGAAAGAAGAGAGGAGUGGGCGUGUGUCCAUCAGAGACCAUGCUGAUAACCUCACCUUUAUAGUGACCAUGGAGAACCUCACUGCAGACGAUGCUGGAUCCUACUGGUGUAGAAUUCAGACAGUAUGGCUCCUGGAUGUGUGGUCACAUGACCCUUCAUUCCACGUUAACGUGUUUGUUUCCACAGGGCUGGGGCCUCACUCCAUUGCCUGGGAGGCCCCUCCAUGCUGCACCAAGACUAUCUCCACCAUGAUCUUUGGAAACCUGUACCAAAGGAAAUAG